GUUAUUGAGUAUUAUUCUUUUACUACUUCUUUAAUAAGACCACCUUUUCUUUAUAUACUCUACAAACCACCCACCAUAACCAACACAAAAUCAACCAUGAAAUACAAUGACAUCUCCCAUUUUAGCCACCCUCAACACCGGCUCAAACCGGCCUACACCGAGGUCCCAUUCAAGUGCGACGGUUGCAAGGAAGUCGGCAUAGGGUCCAACUACAAAUGCACAACAUGCAACUAUGAUUUACAUGUCCAUUGUGCCCUCCCAUCCCCUUCCAUCACCCACCCUUUCUACACCAAGUGUUCAUUCCAGUUUCUAUCACGCCCUCCUGGCCCCAUAGCGCGAUACUGCAACGCAUGCGAGAAAGCAGUGUCAGGGUUCGUUUACCAUUGUAAGUUGUGCGGGUUCGAUCUUCACCCUUGUUGUGCCAAGCUUCCAACUAUGUUGGAUGAUGGUGAGGUGGAGUUGUACUUGUAUAGAAAAGUGGGGUCCGCCUGCCACAGGUGUGGCAGGAAAGGACGAAGUUGGAGUUACAGGUCAAAGUGCAAGAAGUACAACCUACAUGUGGCAUGUGUGAAAGAGAUGUUGGUGGAGAGUUGGCAUGAGAUAUAUUUUGGUAGGGGUGGGGUGAGUGGUGAUUUGUGUGGGAAAAAUGGGAAACUUGAGACAAGAAUUCCAAGCUUGAAGGGUACAUUGGAAAGCUAUCACCAUAAUCAUCAUCAUCAAAGCAAAGGCAAAGUGAAGAAGUGUUGUGAGAUGGCUGGUUUGGCAAUGCAGUUUGUGAUUUCAGCUGUUCUUGGUGAUCCGACCACUCUAAUCGCAGGUGUCGUUGGUUCUUUGAUGUCAAGAUAGAUUUCGAACCAAACAAAUAUAUGUCGGAUCAAUGGUCUCUUUUGUAAAUAUGGGGAUGAAAUCAUGAAACUGUUUGUUUAUAAGAUUGUCGGAAUAAGAAACAUGUAUCUUGUCAUACUUUACAUGGGAAAAACGUUGGAAUAUUUGUGAGCUUCUUUUCCAAAUAAGAAUUGCUUUAUUUCUAAUAGAAAAUGAAGUGUUUUUUUUCUU